UCUUCCCGAAUCGGUUGAAGCGAGCUUUCAAUUUCUGUUGUUUUCGGUAAAAAGUGGAGCGAAUUUCUUUGAUCGAAGGACAUACCUCUCAUACAUUUACCGAAUCACUUGACAAGUAUAUUUUCCAUUCAAUAUUCAAAACUACGUGAAAGUGUCUCAUUUCAGAUUUACUCCAUACUUUGUGACAUCCAAAAUACCACGGACACCGAUCAACGAUCUAUGGAAAUGAUAACUUUCGCAUCAUUGAACGCUUACAUCUGCCUGACGAGUCUGUGUCUUCGACUGUCCGCGGCGACGCCCGCCGAGAGCGUCGGGACGUCAGCGACGCCCGAGGAGUAUGAAAACGAAUGGGUUGUCAGGGUGGACGGCGGCCCGGAGAUAGCUGCCCUCCUGGCCCUGCAGUCCGGCUACAAACAUCUGGGUCCGGUACUGGGAUUCGAGGACACGUAUUUGUGGCACAAAGACAAGAGCCCUCAGCACCAGAAGAGAGGAGGACAUCCACGACUUGGAAAGGCUCUGAACUCGCAUGCGAAGGUGAUCUGGGCGGAUCGACAGAAAGUCAUACGUCGAGAAAAGCGGGAUCACGUGUCUUUGGAAGAUCUCGAGUCAGAGCGGCCGCUGGUGAGGGAAAAACGACUGCCACUGAAAGCUGGGGAAGCUGAGUUGCCUGUUUCGGGAAAUCACACGCAGGUGAAGAAAUCGUUGGAAUCAGAAAAGCGCAGUGGAAGAUCUGCUUCAAAAAUCUCUGUAAGAGAUGCUGGGAGGAGACGCAAAAAACGUUCGAUCCAAGAGAUAGAGAAUUCGAAGAUGUUCAAUGACGAACUCUGGGGACAGGAAUGGUACUUGCAAGAUACACGAUCCACCAAGGAUCUCCCGAAGCUGGACCUCAACGUCCUGCCACUUUACCGGCUCGGGAUAACGGGUCGUGGUAUUCGGGUCGCGGUGCUGGAUGACGGGCUCGAAUAUACUCACGAGGACUUACAGAGCAACUACGAUGCGGCAAUCAGCUAUGACGUCAACGAGGCGGAUGCAGAUCCAAUCCCACGAUACGAAUCCACAGGAAUCAACGGACACGGUACAAGGUGCGCCGGGGAAAUCUCUAUGCGAGCGAACAAUGGAAAAUGCGGUGUUGGCGUUGCCUUCGGCGCCUCCAUCGGCGGUAUCAAACUUUUGGACGGUGUGGUGAACGACAGAGUCGAGGGUGAGGCGCUCGGCUACCGCACAGACCUCGUGGACAUUUACACCGCCUCCUGGGGCCCGGCGGACGACGGAAGGAGCCUCGAGGCACCUGGACGUCUCGCUUUGGAAGCUCUUCACAAGGGGAUCACGCAGGGUCGCAACGGCAAGGGUUGUAUUUACGUUUGGGCCUCGGGUAACGGGGGUUCGAGGGCUGACGAUUGCGGAUGUGACGGAUACGUCGGAAGCAUCUACACCGUUGCCGUGGGUUCCGCAAGUCAAACAGGAAGGUUUCCUUGGUACGGAGAACGCUGCCCUGCCACACUAGCCACGACUUACAGCAGCGGAGCUUAUCACGAUCAAAUGAUUGCUACAACUGAUCUGCGAAAUACUUGCACUACCAGACAUACAGGGACGUCGGCGUCAGCGCCAUUAGCAGCAGGUAUUUUGGCACUCGCUUUACAAGUCAAUGAAAACUUGACGUGGAGAGACGUGCAGCAUCUGGUUGUCUGGACCUCGGAAUACGUACCCUUAAGUGAAAAUCCCGGCUGGUUCAAGAACGCAGCUGGAUUCUGGUUCAAUCCGAGAUUUGGCUUCGGCCUCAUGAAUGCUUACGCCCUCGUAACAACGGGAUACAACUGGACGACCGUUCCUGAUAAAAAAGAGUGCCACGUGCCGGCGGAUUACGUCUCGAACAAAACGUUAACCUACGGCAACCCCGUUCACGUCACCUUUGAUACGGAUGGCUGCGCCAGGGAUGAAAAUGAAAUAAACUACUUGGAACAUGUUCAAGUGGAAGUCAACAUACGGUACGCGAUACGGGGUGCAGUGAAGAUGCAUCUGACGUCACCAUCCGGAACGCGUGUUCGCAUUUUGGCUCCCAGAACGCUGGAUGACUCUGACGAGGGUUUUCUCAACUGGAGGUUCAUGUCAGUGGCAAGCUGGGGUGAAGUCCCACGUGGGAUAUGGCAGCUCCAGAUAUCAGAUUCGGUCGGGCCGCAGAACAACAGCGGAGAUAUCGGUAAUUUGACUCUGAUUCUACACGGUACUAAAACGAUACCGGAUCACGCGAGAAACGGUCCAAGAAUUUACAACGACGAUUACAGCAGGAUGAGAAAAACGAAUUACGAGGAGCUAUUUUCGGUGAACGAAGUACCUAAUUUUUUGGAGGCAAGAACAAGUUGGAUGGCGGAACCGGAUGUGACGCGAUUUGAAACGGUUUUGGGCAAAAGAUGGCUCAAGUAUCUCUUAGGCGUGUGAAUUUCCCGAUCCCAAGCUUUUUGACGAACGCGGAUAAAAUUUGAAUUAUAGAUCAAUUAUGAAUGUCAAUUGAAAAUCAUUCGUCUUUCAAUUAUCGCGCUCUACCAUCCCGAGCUAUCAUUUUCCUCGAGACAUAUAAAAUCCAUGAUACAAAAACUGAGAGGCGGCGAAAUAUCAAAUUCAAGCUCUCGGCCAUCAUUCCGAUGUACAGACAGAGAAAUCAAAUCUCAAGUCAUAUUUUUCUGAAUUCCUGAUAUCAAGAAAUAAAACGUGCAGCAUACGUGCGUGUAUAUCUAUAUAACCGCAUACAAUGUAGAAAGGAUAAAACCACGAGAACGGGGUCUGAAAUUUUUAUCCCACAACAUGGUAUAGCCUGUAUAUGCUCGUUUACGUCAGAGAAACGCUGGCAGACGGAUGUGGAGUGUAAGUUUAUACAUAAAAUAGGGACGUAAAAAUCGACCGCAAAUAUCAAAUGUCAAUUUAAUGUGUUUGCGUGGGUAAAAUAAAAUUUUACCGCCGCUCUGGUUCAACAUUUUACCGCAUUGUAACCUCCGGCUGGAACGUCAUUCCUACUGCACAUUUACGUUCGGAUACUCUUUGAGCUAAUUUCUGGGAGUAUAUAAUAGAGACAUGAUUUAAGUGCGAUUUUUUUCAACACGCCCUCGAUAUCAGGAUUGUUUAAAAUUCUGUGUAUUACCAUAUGUCUUUGGUCUGACAAUGACUCAAAUGAAAAUAUUGGGUAGAAUUUAUUGAUACAGUAUAAAUCUCGUGCCAUUCUUCUUCUUCUUGCAUACGUUAUGUUAAACCACAAAGCCCCCGGGCCAGUCUGCUCGUGAGUAUAAACAUUUUUUUAUCCAACUUUAAAUUCCGUUUUUUCUCGUUGCAUUUGAACCCUGCUGCAGCAUCUGGCGAGGCAACGCGCUCAGCCGUUCAGUCAAUGUCAACCCUGUCAACCUCACGUCCCACCCACAACUCGUUUGUCCAAGCCGUUCACGUACCUCAUAUAAUCGCUGGUUCCACUCUAUCAGGGGUUGCAGUAACGGCUACGCUCAAGUGGUCGUAAAAAUAGGUGAUGCGCCAAUUCAGGCCUCAGCCCAGCGACACGUGUUACUAGACACGUGCAUGCAGACGUGAAAAAUUCCACAAAUAAACCCCACGGAGCUUACCACCGAAAGUUGAAAGCGAUCAAAGACGCGCUAAAACGUUCCUCGUAAAAUUAUCCGCUACGGCUUCGGUACGAAUGCCUUCCGAAAGCUACCUGCAGAGACGACCGAGCUUUCCGGAACCUUCAACGGCAGCUUAUCCCGGAAAACGAAUUAAGACGGAGUUAUAUUAUACCCGCCCUUUAAGCGCUGCCGGUUGGUUCUAUAAACUUAAUUGAACGUAGCGCGUACGUCAUCCCCGUUUCAAGUGAUGAAAAUGAGGACGGAAGAUGGCCCGUUCGAAAA